AUAUUUAUAUAUAUUUCAAAGAAAUUUUUUUAUAAAACCUUUUUAUACGUAAAUAACAAGUGGGUGGAAUUUACCCCGGUCGAGAGGAGAGAAGAGCAGAGAAGAGCAGAGGAGAGGAAGGGAAUUGCGCUUAGCGUGGAGGCUACGGUUUUCUUUCUUAAGGCCUUAAAAUAUUCUCCGGCAUCUCUCUCCCUCCAUAGUCCAUAGUCUAGUCUCCACUCUUCACUGCAUUUCUUCUGCAUUGUACGACCGUUGUUCCUCCUCCUCGAGAACCACCAUGACGACGUCGUCUGAAGCCGAUGCUCACCCGUCGGAGCAACCCAAGCUAAGCAAGAAGGCCGCCAAGAAGGAGGAGGCCAAGCUCGAGAAGCUCCGCCGCCGCCUGGAGGCCUCCUCCGCCGUCUCGGGCGCCGCCGAGGAGGAGGAGGAGGAGGAGGAGGAUCCCCUCGCCGCCAACUACGGGGAGGUCCCGCUGGCCGAUUUGCAGUCCAAGGAGGAGGUGGGCGAGCCGUACACGGAGGUCGGGGCGCUGGGGGAGGGGAUGCAGGGGAGGAGCGUGCUGGCGGGGAGGGCGCAGGCGAUCAGGGCGGUGGGGAAGAAGAUGGCGUUCGUGGUGGUGAGGGAGGGGUUCACGGUGCAGUGCGUGGUGACCGAGCAGGAGGGCUCGGUCAGCCGGCAGAUGGUGAAGUUCGUGGCCUCCUUGAACCGCGAGUCCAUCGUGGACGUCCGUGGCACCCUCACCGUCCCUUCCUCCCCCAUCAAGGGCGCCUCCCAGCAGGUGGAGAUUCAGGUCCACAAGCUCCAUUGCGUCAGCAAGGCCUUCCCCACCCUCCCCAUCAAUCUCGAGGACGCUGCCCGCAGCGAGGCUGAGAUCGAGAAGGCUCUCCAGGCCGGGGAGCAGCUCGUUCGUGUUAAUCAGGGUACGAGGUUAAAUUUUAGGGUCCUCGACAUACGCACGCCAGCUAAUCAAGGCAUCUUUCGAAUCCAGAGUCAAGUUGGCAAUAUAUUUAGGCAGUUCUUGUUAUCUGAAGGCUUUAUUGAAAUCCAUACGCCGAAACUGAUAGCUGGAUCCAGUGAAGGAGGUUCUGCCGUUUUUAAGCUGGACUAUAAAGGGCGCCCCGCGUGCCUGGCGCAGUCACCCCAGCUUCACAAGCAAAUGUCUAUUUGUGGUGAUUUUGGGCGUGUUUUUGAGAUUGGCCCUGUUUUUAGGGCAGAAGACUCCUACACACACAGGCAUUUAUGUGAAUUUACUGGGCUUGAUGUUGAAAUGGAGAUUAAGAAGCAUUAUUUUGAGGUGAUGGACAUCGUGGACCAGUUGUUUGUUGCAAUGUUUGACUCAUUGAAUGCGAGUUGCAAGAAAGAACUCGAAGCUAUCGGAAGACAAUAUCCUUUUGAACCUUUAAAGUACUUGAGAAAGACCUUGCGGCUUACGUUUCAAGAAGUUCAAAUGCUCAAGGAUGCCAGUGUUGAGAUUGAUCCUCUAGGUGACUUGAACACAGAAGUAGAGAGAAAAUUGGGUCAGCUGGUUCUAGAAAAGUAUGGCACCGAGUUCUAUAUACUUCAUCGUUAUCCUUUGGCUGUUAGGCCAUUCUACACCAUGCCGUGUUAUGACAAUCCUGCCUACAGUAAUUCAUUUGAUGUUUUUAUUAGAGGCGAGGAGAUUAUCUCAGGAGCUCAGCGUGUCCAUGUUCCUGAAUUCCUUACCAAACGUGCAGAGGCAUGUGGAAUUGAUGUGAAGACUAUUGAAACAUACAUCGACUCUUUCAGGUAUGGGGCACCUCCGCAUGGGGGCUUUGGAGUGGGAUUGGAGCGGGUAGUUAUGCUCUUCUGCGGUCUCAACAAUAUCAGGAAAACCUCGCUUUUCCCUCGUGAUCCACUUAGAAUCUCCCCAUGAGAACAGACUUAGUAAUGGUGUUAUAACCGGGCUGUUCUUUGACACAAUUGUAUGGUGCUCCUUGAUUGUGGUGUAUUUCAGUAAAAUAAUUUUUACGAUUAGCCACUUGUAACUUGGACAUUUCUGGUCGUCCCUUGCCAAAUGAAAUCGGACAAUGAGAAUGAGGAUCCGGGUUAAAUCUCUCA